AUGCUCUUCGCAAUGCGCCCCGCCUCGAAGCUCCCCCAGCGCGUGGGCAUUGCUCGCGCUGUUCGCGUGCUCUCAACCAGCGCGUGCCCUGUUCCCAGCUGUGUCGGAGUCUCCCCCCGCGGCGACAUCACCUCGGAGGACGUCGUCGCGGCGCAGGCGGCGUGGUCCAAUGCCAUCACCGGCAUCACCAAGGUGUACCAGGAGGGAGGCGACUUCGUCGCGGCCGCUGGGUACUGCGCGGGCGAGCUCUACGGUUACGGCCACUCCAACGUGCUUUUCAAGCCAACCAGGGCGACCAACAACCCGUUCCGCCCGACGGGUGAGGACGCGAUGGCGUACUUUGUGGGCGCAGAGGCGAUGAAGAACGACAAGUUCAAGGGUGAGGACGGCGGCUUCGCCAUCAACGGCGGACAGGGCUGGUCCGAGGUGGUGUUCCGCAACCACCAGAUCGAUUGCAACGGCAACACGGCUAUCGCAAUGGGCGACUACCUGUUCACGAACGCGACCACUGGCGACGUGGGCCGCGUCGAGUACACCUUCGGCUACAAGAAGAACGAUGACGGCAAGAUGCGGAUUUUCCUGUGCGCUCUGUCGAUGUGGGCCGAGUCGAUCGCCAAGCAAGAAGAUGCUCUCGCACGCUUCAAGAUCGGCGGGAUGAGCAAGCCGUAG